UGCCUCUCCUCUCAGUGCUUUGACCUCCUGACCAAGUCCUGCGUCAAGGGCGCCGACUGGUUCAAGGACAACACAACAGAGCCCACCCAUGUGGCGCCCACCUCCACCCUGGCACCCACCCUCCCCUCGAUGGACCUGCCCAGCACCCUCCUGAUCUUCGGGGUCCCGGCAGUGGUGGGACUCAUCCUGGCUCUGGCUGCCCUCUGGGGCUUCCUGGCCUGCAAGGUGGGGAAGCAGAGGAGGAAGAGGAAGGCAGCAGACGAGGAGGCCAAAGCAAAUGUGGAUGCCGCCAGCCCCCUGCCCAGCCUGGGUUGCCAGGACCCUGCCGCCUUGGCCCCAGCCCCAUGCCCACAUCUCAACGGAGGCCUGAAGAUAAUGGGGCCACCCGAGAAAGCUGGAGCGAAGCGGAGGCCAUGCUGCCGGGGUGAUGCCGACGGUGACAUCAUCCUGCUCUCCACUGUAUACCCCCGGCAUGAGGAGUGCAACCACAGCUUCCCACUGCCUGCCACCGAGCUGGGGGCCACAGCUCUGGUCACCACCAAAACCACCCAGAACUGCCCCAGUGAGGAGAGAGCCUGA